AUGAGCGGAGGUGUGGCAUCUAAGCGUCUGUUCUCGGAAUACAAGGCUCUCCUGACCAACCCGCCUGAUGGGAUCACCGCCGGCCCUGUCAGCGAAGAUGACCUAUUCGUCUGGGAGGCUUUGAUUCAAGGCCCGGAAGGCACUCCCUUCGAAGGUGGCAUCUUCCCGGCCGAGCUCAAAUUCCCUAAAGAUUAUCCGCUCAAUCCUCCCAAGAUGAAGUUCUUGGGUGAGAUUUGGCAUCCUAAUGUCUACGCUAAUGGCGAAGUAUGCAUAUCCAUCCUCCACCCACCAGGUGAUGAUCCGAAUCAUUAUGAAAGCGCCUCCGAGAGAUGGUCUCCCAUUCAGAGUGUUGAAAAGAUCCUCAUCUCAGUCAUGUCCAUGCUUGCCGAGCCCAACGACGAAAGUCCCGCCAAUGUCGAAGCAGCCAAGAUGUGGCGAGAUAGACGGCCCGAGUUUGAAAAGAGGGUCAGAGAAGGCGUGAGGCGGUCUUUGGGACUCUAA